AUGCUUUCCGUCCAGCCGGACACCAAGCCAAAAGGCUGUGCCGGCUGCAACCGGAAGAUCAAGGACCGCUACCUGCUGAAGGCCCUUGAUAAGUAUUGGCACGAGGAUUGCCUCAAGUGUGCUUGCUGUGACUGCAGGCUGGGCGAAGUAGGCUCAACACUCUACACCAAGGCUAACCUCAUUCUAUGCCGGAGAGAUUACCUGCGGUUGUUUGGUGUAACAGGCAACUGUGCAGCCUGCAGUAAGCUCAUUCCAGCAUUUGAGAUGGUAAUGAGGGCAAAAGAAAAUGUCUAUCACCUGGACUGCUUUGCAUGUCAGCUCUGUAAUCAAAGGUUUUGUGUAGGAGACAAGUUUUUCCUGAAGAACAACAUGAUUCUGUGCCAGACUGACUAUGAAGAGGGUCUGAUGAAGGAGGGAUAUGCUCCCCAAGUUCGUUGA